GAAGCAGAUUUAAAGCUUUUGAUAGGGGAAAACUCCCUAGUAAUUUUCUUCCUUGAUACAGAUUGCAAUACCAGCCUGAAGAGGCCAAAUCAGAACCUGUCCAACUCUGUGACCCCAUGAACUGUACCUUCUAUGAGGUUUUCUUGGCAAGGACACUAGUGUGAUUUGUCAUUUCUUCUCUGGUGGAUUAAGGCAAACAGAGGUUAAGUGACUUACCCAGGAUCACACAUCUAGUAUAUAAGGUCAGAUUUGAACUCGGGACUUGCUGACUCCAGGGUCAGUGCUCUAUCACUGAAACAUCUAGCGUCACCAAAUUAGAGCUACAUAGUGGCUCAUUCUCACCAAUUAAAGACACAGGCAGCUAAUCAAAGGGAGCUUCUCCACUACAUGGUAGGACAUGCAGAAACCUUCACAUUAGGAAUCAAGAAGUGCUCUUAUCUAACAAAGGUAAUUGCUUUGGGGUGAGGGUUGGGGGGCUCAGAGGUAAUUAAUGGAAGCUCAGCGGUACAAGGAAUUUCUGAGUUUAGUAGGGAUAGAAUCCUAAAGGAGGCUACAUUUCAAAGGAGACCAAAGCUCUGAAACUCCCUUUCCCCUUUCCAUCCCCUCACCUAAUUUUCAAGCUUUCCUGAAUUAAGCAAGGGUGUCUCAGAGAGGAAGAUGCCCUCUGAGACUAGAGGACUCUGGGACAUUCUUGGGCUCCCAAGAAAUAUUGCCCUCUCCCUCAUCUGAAGCUGAAGCCCCAGAUGGCCACAUGGUUAUGAAGGGCAAAGGGGAAGAAACUAAAAAGAAGGAAGUAAUAUAUGACUAAGAUAGACAAAGGAGGAAGACAGAGACUGAGCUGGAGAUGAAACUGAAUUAGCCUCUUUGCAGUGCUGGCAUCCCAAGAUUCAGAGCUGGAAGGAUCCUUAGAGGCAAUCUGAUCUAACUCUUUCAUCCUAUAGGAGAGGAAACAAAAGCUUAGAGAGUUGACACUGACUUUCCCUAGGCCACACAGCUAGGAAGAAGCAGAGGUGGGAUGCAAAGACAUAUCCUCUGAUUCUAGUUCCACUGAUCUUUCUUCCACACCACAAUCCUUCAGCUGUGACUAGAUGAAAGCAGACAAGACCAUGCAGAAGCCCUCAAAGUUCCAGAUUAUAGGAGUGCUGUCUGUGACUUGGCUCCUGGCUGUAGUCUUCAUGUACUUCCUAAGGCCAGCCAUUCUCCCUCCAGUCCUGAAUUUGGAGGUAGAAAAGGAAGAAGACCUGCUCUACCGGCCAUGGGGCAAUGAGAAGACAUUCACUGAGGAGGGACAAUCAAAUGGAGGAGAGUUGGAAGAGAAGGAAGUGGAAGAGGAGGCCUGGAGCUCUGUGGAUGCAUGCAAGUUUGUCCUGGUGGAGAGCAUUCCCGAGGACCUGCCCUACCUACCUGCCAGGCCAGCAGCUCAGCCCCUGAUCCAGUCCUGGAUGGAGCUCCUGGAUUCUGCUCAGGACAGUGUCCAUGUCGCCUCUUUUUAUUGGUCCCUCACAGGGUCUGAUAUUGGGGUCAAUGAUUCUUCUUCCCAACCGGGGGAAGAACUGUUGGAGAAGCUCGAGACUCUGCUGGCCCGGAACGUCUCACUGACCAUCGCAACCAGUGACCCAACACUGGCUUUAAAUUCUACUGACCUGGAAGUCCUCAUGGGCAAAGGAGCACAAGUGAGGAAGAUCCCAAUGAAGCACUUGACCCAGGGUGUCCUGCACUCCAAAUUCUGGAUCGUGGACAUGAAGCACGUGUAUCUGGGAAGUGCCAACAUGGACUGGCGGUCCCUGACCCAGGUGAAGGAACUUGGUAUUGUGAUCUACAACUGUAGCUCCCUUGCCCAUGACCUGGAGAAGACAUUCCAGACUUAUUGGAUCCUGGGGGCUCCCGGGGCCACUAUCCCCAAACAUUGGCCCCAGAACUACUCCACAAACAUCAAUUGGCAUCAGCCCCUGCAAGGAACACUUGAUGGGAUGGUCACUACUGCCUAUUUCUCUGCCUCGCCACCUGUACUCUGCCCCAAAGGUCGGACCCGAGACCUAGGUGCUCUGCUAAGCUUGAUUAGAGAUGCCAAAGAUUUCCUCUAUGCUUCUGUGAUGGAGUAUUUCCCCACCAGUCGCUUCCAACACCCAUUCAAGUACUGGCCAGUCAUUGACAAUGCUCUGAGGGAAGCAGCCUUCAACCGGCACGUGCCAAUUCGUCUUCUCAUCAGCUGUGGGAAGAACUCAGACCCUUCCAUGUUCCCAUACCUGAGGUCACUACAGGCCCUCACUAACCCCCAGGCCAAUGUUACCAUCGAUGUGAAAAUAUUCAUCAUCCCUGUGGGGAACCACUCCAACAUCCCUUUCAGCAGAGUGAAUCACAGCAAGUAUGCAGUCACAGAAAAGAAGGCAUAUGUGGGAACAUCUAACUGGUCUGAGGAUUAUUUCACCAACACAGCUGGUGUGGGGGUGAUCGUCAACCAAAGUUCCUCUGAUCCCCAGCACCCAGCUCCCACCAUUCAGGACAACCUAAGGGGCAUCUUUGAGCGGGAUUGGCAGUCCCCAUAUGCCAUCAGUCUGGAAAAACUUCCUGGCCAGCAGGACUGUGUCUGGCAUGCCUGAGGCUGGCAUCUUCAGGCCGUCUCCUCUGCUCCCUCUUCUGUUUUCUUUUCUGCCUUCCCUUCUCCCCUUCCAUCUCUCUCUCUAGGGCUCAGGUUUCUAAUCAAUAAAAAAGAAAUGAUUGAAUUAGAUUAUUUUUAAGGUCCCUUCUAGCUCCACAUUUUAUGAUCAUUCUUCUCUCUCUGAUUUUCUGUCCCUUCUCCCUCGCCCUAUACACCUCCUUUUCAUUUCCUUUCCCCCCUUUUCUUCAUAUCUCCUUUUCACUUCCUUUUCUUCUUUUUUCCUUCCUCUCUCUUCACCCACUUCCCUUCUUCCUCUUUUUUCCUUCACUCUUCUCUCUCCUUUUGAUGCUACAGGGCACAUCAAGAUUCUCUCACAGCAUAGAUGUGUGUUCCUAAGGCUUCAUGCUCUGAAAAUAAUUCUUCCUACAUGGGUCCAACUGUGUUCUUUCCUCAGUGCACAGAAACAGGAGUAUGGUGGUUAAAUGUUUAACUACCAGCUCCCUGGAAUGGGGGGAAGAAAUUUGCCCAUGACACACAUUUAAAUUUAAUCUGCACUUUAACCAAUUUCUCCAUCACUUUCUCAAGUCUAGGCAAUCACCAAAACCACAAAUCAAGCCUAGAUUUGAAGCCCUUAUGGAUUUCUGAGGUGUUUGCAAUUAGGCAAACUGGAAACAAUACCAAUCAUCUGACAUUAUUUAGUCUCUCUUUUUUAAAUCUUCCAUGCUGGAAUCACUACUGGGAAUCAGUUCUAAGGCAGAAGAGCAGUAAGGGCUAGGCAAUGGGAGUAAAGUGACUUGCCCAGGGUCACACAGCUGGGAAGUGUCUGAGGCCAGAUUUGAACCUAGGACCUCCCAUCUCUAGGUCUGGCUCUCAAUUCACUGAGCCACUCAAUUUGGUUUCUUUAGUCCUUUGAGCGAAGAUGGCCUGGAUAACUUUUAAGGAAAAAUGAGCCUAAUGUGCAUAGGGACAGGGAUCAGGGAUCGCUUUUACUACACCAGGAUCACACACAGAAAAUUUAACAAUCAGCUCUUGAGAGCCAGUCCUAGCUGACUCCAGCAUACCCUUGUGUGGAGACCUCUUUCAACUCAGAUCUGUUAUCUGUUCAUUUCUUGCCUCUGACACACUUUUUUUUCUUCUCUUCCUUUACUUCUCUGAAUCUUCCUCAUUCGUUAAGGUCCAGCUUAAAACCCUACUGCCUUUGGGAAGAUAAUCCCAGGUCUGGGCCACUCUGUACCCUAAAAAAUCCACAAAGCAAAAAAGUUAAAAAGAAGGGCAAGCAAACAUACCCAUUCUCGAAAUAAUCGCAGGGGAGGGUCACUAGAAGUUUAUAUGGAGGGUGUCCCCAAAGUCCUAGUGCAAUGUUGAGCUCUUGAAGCUGAAGAGAAAUCUGCCAAACCUCAGAUGUGAGGCAUAAAGAUUUAACUAUUGUCUGAGUUACCAGUGGACCCUUCCUCAUUCCCAGCAGGACAGAACAUCUAACACCCGUCUGGCUCAGCUGCGAAGGGAGCUUUAGAGACACCAAACUCACUUCCGUAACACAGAUUUUGUGAUCUGCCUGCCUAAGGCAGUCCAGCCCAGUGGGCUUCUGUGACUCUAUCUGUUGGAAGGAUUGAUGGAAGGAAAAACAAGGAAGUAUGACCAGGUGCAGACAGUGUUCCUAUCGCUUCCAAAGUCAAAUGAUCUCACCUGAUUCGAGUUCAUUAGAUUGGGUGAUGAAUUUGGAUCUGGAAAGUCUGCAUUAGAGGACAAGUAACUAGCUGUGAUUGGGAAACCCAGCACGUCACUGCCCUGACUCAGUUUCCUAAUCUAUAAAGUAGGAAAAAUAAUACUGAUUAUCUCACAGAAAACAAAACAGAGCCCCGUAAACUCCAAAGUGUCCUGGAAUCGGGAGAUAUUUUGUUAUUGUCGUAAUUAGUAGAGGCCCUCAAAGCUGACAGAAGUGAGCUCCUUACACAGCUCAAGUGUAUUUGGAUGGGGAACGGGAGGCAGAAAAGCUGAGUGGCCGCCAACAUCCUUCCUCCAGGCAACAUCCUCCUAUGUAGCCUCUGGCCAAGGGGCCAGAGCCAGAGCCAGACGGGCUCUCAGAUUGUUCCAUUCCCUUCUUUGAUCCCUCUGAGUCAUCCCUGGAGGACUGAACCAGGAAAAUGGGCUUCUAAAAUUAAUCCACAUUGAAGUGCAAAUGAUUGAAGACUUCCACAAAGAUCUUUUCCCCCAACAGUUCUGUCCUAGUGUCUAACAUUUCCUCUCUCAAGAUUCUUCCGUUCCUUCUUCUAAUUCCUCUUUUUCCGUUCAGGAAUUAUGUGACAUCCUAACUAGCUCCGUGGUCCUGGGCAAGUCACUUAAUUUCUCCUUAUCAAUAAAAUAGAUACAAUUUAACUUUACAGUG